GGAUCGAUUGAUACCAUUGUGUUACUGUAGCGGUUUUCGUCUCUUUGGUGAUGGAUCCAAUUCACAAGAGAGUGUUGGCUAUCAAGAUAGCUACGAUCAUGAGUAGCGUUACCAACCCAUCAAUGCUUGCCUCACAUCUCAGUACACUUUUUUGUAGUUCAGAUAAGGAAGAAAUCGAUGCUACGCAAAGAAAUCAUGGUGCUACUUAUGCAACACAAAAACUGUUAAGUUUGUUGGAAAAGAGAGGCCCCAAAGCUUUCAAUAUGUUUAUAACAGCCCUGAAUCAUCCGAACAUUUUUUUGCCUGAUUUAGCAGAAGAACUGCAAGACGAAGAGAGAAAACUGCGAGGUGGGCAAGGAGCUAGACUUACAGAAAGCCCUGUUCCCCCAUAUCCAAUGCCAGAAAGCCCUGUUACUCCAUCUACAAGAAAAAACUUUGAUGAUCAACUUGAUGGUGAAAAAGAUGAUUACCCACUUCCUCUCAGUGCAGCAUCCACAGUACAAUUAACUCAUGAAGAAAGUAACAGUAAAUUGAACAACUUGAGCCAAGGCCAAGAACAAGCUUCUCCCAGCAAACCCUCCUCCACUGCUGAUGCGAAAAAUGAUGUGCUCAGUUUAGUUUCUCAUAAAGAAGGAACCUAUAAUGUAGAGGUGUGCUGUAACUUUUUGCAGUUUUCUUUCCACGGUAGUACGCUUGGGAUGGAUCCAAUUCACAAGAAAGUGUUGGCUAUCAAGACAGCUACGAUCAUGAAUAGCAUUCCCAACCCGUCAAUGAUUGCCUCACAUCUCAGCACACUUUUUUGUAGUUCAGAUAAGGAAGAAAUCGAUGCCAUGCAAAAAAAUAAUGGUCCUACUCAAGGAGCACAAAAACUGUUAAGUUUGUUGGAAAAGAGAGGCCCUAAAGCUUUUAAUAUGUUUAUAACAGCCCUGAAAGAUCCAAACAUUGUCUUGGGGCAUUUAGCAAACGAACUCCAAGAAGAAGAGAGAAAACUGCGAGGAGGGCAAGGAGCUCUGACACUUCCAAGACCAGCAAGCCCUGUUCCCCCAUUUCCAACACCAGAAAGCCCUAUUCCCCCAUCUCCAAGAGAAAACUUUGAUGAUCCACUUGAUGGUCAAAAAGAUGAUUACCCACUUCCUCCCAGCGCAGCAUCUACAAUACAAUUCACUCAUGAAGAAAGUGACAGUAAACUGAACAACUUGAGCCAAGGCCAAGGCCAAGCUUCUGCCAGCAAACAUUCUUCCAUUGCUGAUGGGAAAUAUGAUGUGCUCAGUUUAGAGACACUCAUCAAAGACAUCCCUUACAGUCUCCGCUUAAAGAUUGAGAAGUUGAUGGAUCCAUCGGAUGCCAAUCAUCAUGACUGGCGGGGCGUAGCCAGUGUCAUGCAUUUGAGUGCUGAUGAUGUGAGACAAUUGGAGAACACUCAAGAAAAUGGAAAGAUGAAAGGACUUAUCGAAAAGAUGAUUCAACUAAAAAAGACCAUAAAUGAUCUCCUUGGUUGGUUAAGGGAUCCUAAUGUAGCCAGAUGGGAUGUUAUAGAUGAAAUGAAAAGGUGUCCCAAUAAUAUUCCAUCCAAUUUAUUGUCACCUGAGACAGAAAGUUCGGAAGACCAAUCAGUGGACGUAAUAGCUAUGGUAACAUCUCCAGUUGAAGAAACCUUCCACUCAGAGUCAAAAUCUGAAAGUAAAGCAGUUCCUAUACAAGAACCCAGUAAAAAACCAGAUGAAAAACUUGAAGCUCGCACUCCAAAACAAGAGGAAUAUGACAUUGAUCAACAAAAGCUUGACUCUAAGACAAGUGCUAAUCCGGUACAAGAACAGAGUCAAGAGUGUAACGAAAAACCUGAUGGUCGAAUUCCAAAACAAGAGACCAAAUCUGAAGACAAUGAAAAUGAAGAUCACGGCAAAACAAAUUUGUCUACUCCAACUCAAGAGGAAGGCAAAGAUGGAAAUGACUUUGACGACAAACCUGAUCAUCAGACACCUACCCAAGAGGAACAACCCAAUAGUAUCUCCUCUGUUGAAGAUGAUGAUGAAGUGUUUGAGAAUUCAGAUGAUGGCAAAAAGGAAUUCCAUCCUCUCUUAAUAAGUUGUUGUGGAAGUGAGGAACAGGACCAGAAGCAUGAAAAAGAGCUGAAGAAACUGCGGGAAAUUCUUGAAAAUUGUUGGGAAAAUGCAGAUGUCCAAUUUUGUAAGAGGGUUAAAGAGUCAGAAUUUGGGAAACGUAUCCAUUCAUUUAUAAAACCCAAAGAGUCUGUGGCAAGAAGAAGUGUUUACUUUGCUUAUUUGGUUGGACCCACAGUUCAGAUAAAUGGGGAAAACUACCUUCUACCCAGAGACUUAAAGACUCCUUCCUCACGAGCUGACCUUAUUCACAGUUCAUUGAAUAUCAAUUGGCUGGUUAAGCAACUGAGCAAGAAAUAUAUGCAAGUAGUGAUAGUCGAUGGAGCUUAUGACAAUCAUGUGGUGACAGAUUGUGUAAAAUUAAAAGGAGUUCUACCAGGAUUGGCACCAAUCCAGCCACCGCCGAAUGCAAUCAUUGCUUUUCCAUGCCGCCCAGGAAGUAUAAGAAAAGAAGGAGAAGAACGACUGGCCUUUAUUUCAAGCCUGGUUGAAAUCUUGGAUAGGGAAUCAAAUGUGAUGCUUGCAGAUGUCUUUGAUCGAGUGAGAGCAGAGUUAAAGAGCAAGAAUUUCAGUCCUUCGAUGGAGUUCUCGCUGAUCUCAUCGCCAUUACCAAUUUCCAUAAAUUCAGAAGCAAAUCAAGAAAUUCAAGUGUGUUCUUCAGCUGAGAUGAAAUGCCAUGCAGUGUUAGUUUCAAACUGGGAUGGGUCAAAUGCUUUUGAUGCGAGUGCAAAUCGUUGUCUCAAGAAGGCCCGUGAAGAACUUCGAAUAGCAUUGCUCAAAUCUGGAUGGGAAUGUGAGGAUAUUUGUGACAAGUCUGCUGAGUUUGUCAAAGAAAGUUUAAGGAAGACAUUGACCAAGCUGGCUGACGGUGUAAAGAAAGUAGUUAUGCUCUAUUUCAUGGGCCAUACUAAAAUGAUAAUGGACUGUAACUAUUUCUACGGAGGGGAUUUGGAAGCUUUUUUGGAAGAUCCAAACCGCUCGGGUGUACCGCUUCAAUGGGUGUUGGAUCUCAUGUGUGAAAAAACUCGUGGACCAAAACUUUUGGUAGUCGAUGACGUGGGCUCGAACGCCAGCAACCUAGAGGAACUGGCGGAAAUGUCAGCACCUUUCGAUGUUAUGAUCAGUUUACCCAGAAACACCAGGCAGCGUGCAAGGAGUUUCACAAGUAACUUUGCUCGUCUGCUGGGAGAUAACUCCAUGAAGUUGUCUUUAAAGGACAAAUUGGAAAAAGCUGCGUUGAACGACCCUCACCGACUCAACUCAAAUUUACUAGAUCCAAGAUAAGAUAGUUCUAUAUGGAAAGCAAUUUUUUGUAGUUAAGCUUCAAGCAAUUUUUAUUACAAGCUAUUUAAUUCACCUAGUGAAGUAGAGUAUAGUAGGAUAUCAAUAGGACGCAUUUCACCAGGAAUCGUCAAAAUAUAUAGUAUUUUGAUUAUAAGCUGAUCUUCUCAUUGAUUAAGGCGAUUUUCUUAAAUUACUCGACGACCAGUUUCAACUGUGCACUUUUUAAAAAGGUGUUGUAAAGCGUGAAAUUUUUUAAUCAAUUUGCGAAGCGAUCAUAUUUAACCAAUCAUUUUAGGCCGAGCACGACAUUUUUUUUUUCCGCGUCAGCAAGCAAUCACGUGAUAUCUUUCCAGAGGUGCAUUGGUAGCUGAAGCUGACUUUGGUAGCACUUGAGUUUUAACGAAUAUGGCGAUUUAUCUUGGAACCGCGCGAGUCGAAUGCACAAAAAUUAAUAUUCAGUGAAUUUGAUUUUCUCGGAAUGAGCCUGAAAUGACUAAGGGCUGUACGUUUUUGUUGAGCUGAGGAACUUUAUAGAAAGGAAGUAAUAUAAUUAUUAGUAUUAUUAUCAUUAUGAUAUUUAAAAAUGUAUUUCUUCCAUUCCUUUUCGUUGAGUGGAAGGAAACUGUAUUCAACUAUUGUUUGCUUGAGUAGACAAACUCCACAGAAUCCAGAAUAGACUGAUAUUAGACAAGAAUCGUUCAGGAUUGGCAAGAUUGAAAUGGGCUCCAUUAGCAGCCGCUGUUCGGGAACCGGUGCCCGCGCUCCUCCACGAGCCCACCACUCUCGGAGACGAACGAGAAAGUCCGGACCCGAGAGAGCGUCGGAAAUCGAGCCUAAGGAUUAAACGGAUUAAAAAUGAUGAUCUUCAAAAGGCAGCCGAUAAUUGCAAAAAUGAAUGGAGCAGGUUUGAAUUGAGUGUCGAAAAACCAAAUCUGAAGUAAUUCUAGAACAAGAACCGUAACCUGCUUACGUUCCCGCCAGAAAUUCGUUUUCUGUGCAUGAGACUAUUUUAAAACUUUCAAUUCCCAAAUCAUGCGCUGAAUUCUGCUGUCCUUUUUUUUUAAUAUGAAAUGAAAUCGUUGAUUUUUAUCAGGUUUAAUUUACUGAUCAAAAUUUUUACUAGGCUUACAAUUCACUGUUACUCACGUAUUUGAAUAUAAAUGAUUUACUUCAAAUGGUGUUACACAUUUUAUCAUCGGGAAAUAUUAACCAGUACUGAAGCAUCGCUAUUUCGUUGAACUUCCAGUAUAAGAAAUAAACACAUCUGUAUCACAGUG